AUGUCUACACCCGCGCGGCCACUGACUGCUCUCAAAUCAGCUUUGCGCCAAUUGCGCGCCGACAAGCACCACUCGCGAUGCUAUGCCACGGCCGCUCCCUCCGUCACUGGCAGGCCCGUCAACUUCCACCCCGGUGCCAUCAUGACCGGACGCAACAGCGAGCACAGCAUGAAGAAGAUUCCCAUCUUCCCCGCCGCUCCGUCAGCCCGUGCGAACUGCAAAGACCCAAUCGCCGCCGUCACCCAGGCCCAGCUUUCCGCUCUCGACCCUACUGGUGCCCGUAGCCGUCUGUUUAGUCGCGAAAACGUCGACCGCGCAAAUGUCGGCGAUAUCCUCCUCGUUCGCCUCAAGAACGGCGACCAAUAUGCCGGUGUCUGUCUCAACAUCCGCCGUCAAGGCAUCGACACGGCCAUUCUCCUCCGCAACAACCUGACCCGUGUGGGUGUCGAGAUGUGGUACAAGAUCUACAGUCCCAACGUCGAGGGUGUCGAGGUUGUGCAAAGGAAGGAGAAGAGAGCGAGAAGAGCAAGACUGUACUACAUGCGCCAGCCCAGACACGACAUUGGCAGCGUCGACAACAUCGUCAGGCAAUACCAGAGACAGCGUGCCAUGUUGCGCAGCUCAGAGGUCAAGAGCAGAGACUCAAACUCUCGCAAGAAGAAGAACAACAAGCGUGGCUCGAACUAG